AUGUGCAGUUGGGCCCCAGUGCAGCACAACUUCUCCGUAGAAGAUGAGGUAGAACUUGCCAAUUUACCAUACAUGGGUGACGAUCAGGCCGUCGAGGACGUUUCUUUCUACGAGGAGCUGUUGAAUAACUAUGACGGCCGACUGCACGGCAACUUUCCAUUUGACUUUGAUGAGGAUCUCUUGAUACCACUGGUCAGUGAGGUUUCUCGUUCCUGGGCUGAUCUGGAAGCCACCUGCGUCGGCUUCCCACAUACUCCUACCUCCAGCUCUGGGACUGGUCAGAAACCACCCUCUCCAGGAUUAACGGAAACUCCGGGCUUGAUCCAAGAGCUCUCCAAGCCUCAAAUGAACCUGAAAACUGAGGCUAAACGGGCGCCCAAGCUGGAAAUUAAAGAGACUGGACUACCUAACGGUUCUGCUAUCAGUUACUCACAGAAUGGGAUAUCCGAUGUCGUCUCUUCCUCCUCUGCUGCCACAUUGAUGACAGGUGGAACGGCUCGGACGUCACGCAGCUCUGCGUCAGGCGUGACGCCUAUUUCUGGUAUCAAUGGUGAGGCGUUAGCUAACGGUGUAGCCCCUGCCCUGGCAUCUGCCGCAUCUGAUGGUCCAACGCCCAACAAACGCCCUCGAUCGAAUCGACGCUGUGCCAUCGCUGGCUCACAUUCGAGCCUUUCGGGCCAGGUCAUUGUCACCUCAAAGCUUGAGACCAUCAUAGAGCCAGAAGUUGGAUCUACUGUUUUCACUUCAACAUUAUAUGCCCUAGUCACUAAGCCCGAAUGUAUCUCCACUCGUGACCCACCUUUGCCUCCUUCCAGCCCCAUCAAGUUGGAGCCUGUGGGCCGUGCAUCCAGAAAUCUCUCUUCCUGCUUAGUGUCCACAUCCCCAGUUGCCUCCUCAGGUGGAGUUGGCAACUCCUGUUGUAGCCCGUCCUCCUCUUCUUCCCCUUCUCCCUCUUCCACAAAACUAAAUCCCUCUGGCAGCAUGGAAUCGGCAAUGACAUCCAGUCCGACCGCUGUUCCGCCAGUCGGCAGUGCAGUGGCAACCAGUUCUCCAGCGGUUACUGAGCCACAGAGACGCUCGACGGCUAGUGAUAUGUCUUUGAUACCAGAAGCUGUGUUUAUGGCAAUAGCAUCUACUUUUGGAUCAAUCGACGACGUCACUAAGCUCCAGCUACGAUACGUGGAUACCAGAGACAGAAUGAAUUCAUCUCAGGUUGUUAUUACCCCAUUUCUUCGUCUUAUUCGAUAUGCUGGAGGAAACUGCUUUUUGUCUCGAAUUUAUGUUGAACCAGCCCUUAACAAUUUGAUGACUUUAGGCAAAUAA